AUGGAUCGAGUACAGCCGUUUAUUAAGGAAUGCAUAUUAUCCAAAUCAUUUACAGACCCAUCCAAGCCCAUACAUGACAAGCGUCUGCUAGACACCUUAAUGUUACAACCUACUGAUGGAGGAUCUGGUAGGAGAUUAAGAAAGCGAAAAGUCAACCUAUUAGACGUUAGUGGUUCCAAUAUGCAAGUGAAGCAGGAUAAUUACAGUAAUAUCAAUAAAAAUUCGAAGAUUGCUCUUAAAGAAUAUAUUAAUAAAUCUAGAGUUGCUGGUUCCUACGCUAAGAAAAUUAUCAACGAAAAGAACUUUAAAAACCGUGAGGAGUUGGAAACGUUUUUAGAAUUGAACAAUCAAGCUCUUCGUGAUUCACUGCCGAAUUACAAGCAAUUUGAACCUACAUAUAAGGAACUAUGGUGCAAUUACAUCAAAGAACUCCUUGAUUUUAAAGUCACAUCUGAUGGGAACAUAACGAUGAAUGGGCAGGUAGCCCUGCAGAAAUUAUCUAUGGCAGAUUAUAACGGUAGCCUAUUGAAAGUUACAAAAAGCCGCAAUAAAAAUCUCGAAGGAAUCGAGGGAAUUGUUGUAUGGGAUGCACAGAAAAGUUUUAUUAUGAUUUGUGAGGGCAAGCUAGUUGACACGAUAAAAUGCAUCCCCAAAAAGGGUAGCACAUUCACUUUUGAGGUCCCAAUUGAUGAUGAUCGCUCUUUACAAUACAGCCUUAUCGGUGAUCGCUUUAAGUAUAGAAGCACGGAUCGUGCUGGACGUAAAUUUAAAAGUCGCCGUUGUGAUGACUUGCUUUACUAUGUAAACCAAGAAGGCUAA